AUGCUCGAACGCACCCACGGCUACCACAGCCUCCAGUUCUUCCGCAAACUCCUCAAACAGGCGGAGGCUGACUGGCCCGCAGUGGCGGAGCGUCUGGAAGCAAUUCGGGGACUUUUGCUUCGGCGCGAAAAUCUCAUUUUGGAUAUUACUGGAGACGCAGCAACUCUAUGGGAGGCCCUCGAGGGGGAGGGUAGGGGGCCCCUCCUGGGCCUCGUGGGGGCCCUCCCAACGGCAGUCCCCUGGGGGCCCCCCCGGGCGGGGGCCCCCGAGGGGUCGCUGCGGGGGGCCCCCCGGUGGGCCCCCCAAGGGUCGCUGCAGGGGGCCCCCCAGGGGGGCCCCCAAGGGGGUGCCCGCGAGGAGUCCAAAGAACUUGUCGGAGGGACUUGGAUGACAGCAAGAGUUGAUAGGGAGCCUUUGUGGGCCCAGGAGGCGCAGACUAGCUAG